UCGGCAUCACCUUGCUAUUGCUAUCCGUCCAUAUUGACUACUUUCAAGCAACACGGGGCACCCUGCAUCAAACAGUUAUGGCCGCAGUGACUCCAACGAGUCCAAGUUCAAAGCAGCAGCCAAUGAAAAUCGUCCAAUUUGCUCUCAGGGCUCUGCAAUCAUUAACACCACCAGCUCAUCCAACAGAUCACCCUCCAUCGUUUUCACGAAAGAAAAUCAUUGGCGUCGGCAUUUCUAUCGUCUUCCUUCUGUUGCUCGGGGUUGCCAUCUAUUUCAUCAUUGGUGGCGGUACCGUCCGGAAAAGCGUCCACUACUCACUCUGCGAUUCGCAAGCUUGCAGCGCACUCGAAAACAUGCUCCGUAAGACCAUCAGCCAAGAAACGGACCCGUGCAACAACUUCUAUGCCUAUGUCUGCGACGGUUGGAACAAAGGGCAGUCCAAGUCUGUUUACCAGAACCAUGUGGAUAACUUUUUGGAGUUGCUAGCUGAAGGCCUUGAGGAAAAUGUUCCUCGCUACGACCAGAGACCCGACCAGAAGGCGGCAGCCUUCUUCCAGGCGUGCAGGAGAGCUGCAGAUGACGAACGUGGAGACAUGUUUGGUUUAAGGCAAAUACUUCACACAAGCGACGUGCAUUGGCCCGUUAUUUCUGAGAAACCGGACGUCCUCAGAUCACUAGUUCGAUUUUACAAGUCUCUCAGGAUCAAGAACCUUCUGAACAUAGACAAGAACGAAGGCAGCUUGGUCAUAUCCGGAGGCACUAUGUUAGCUAGUAAAUACCAACGUAGAGCAACAUUAAUUAAAAACCCGGGAACGUAUGGCUACAAGACUUACUACGAGACAUUUCAAAAUGCGACCAAAGGUAUCUACAUGUCACAACAAAAAUUCCUUCCAUAUUCUGAAUUCGUGGAAGUUGAAGAUUCGAUACUUGGCAAUCUAACAAAUUACACCAAGGCAGCCGUCAAAAGCCUUCCGAAGAACCUGAGCGACCUGGCAAACUUAACGGCCGAGAUUCCUUACGAGCGCUGGUUAAAACUUGCGACACGAGAACUUGGCCUUUCCGCAAAUGCCCCAGUGAACAUCAGCGACGGGGACAGCGAUUACAUCCGCGCGUUCAGCGGGCUUUUGAAAAUUAUCGAUGAAAAGUACCUGCACUACGAAGUAGGUUGGAUCAUGAUACAACAGUGCGCCACUUUCAUCGAUCGCGAAGUCCUUAGUGCAUAUGUCGGCGACUUCGAGCCAUUCCAGCCGGGAGGCUUAGCGGAUAUAACAAACCGCGACUACUGCUUCGUGACUACAGAAUACAUGCUGGGAUGGCCUGUCUACGCAAAUUUUUUGAAGCGGAACGUACCAGCGGAGUCGAUAAGGGACAUACGUGACAUUAUCGACGACAUUGGCCGCGUUGCUUUUCUUAAGACAGACGAAAAGAUGCCACCAGGUUCAACUUACACGGAUUCCGCCUUCCGGAAGAAGCUUCGUUUACUCACGAUGUACCAAGACAGAUUUGAAAGCUUCAACUUCAGCGGCACCUUUUCCAAGAUCGCCGAUAUGGGUCAUUACAUCUUCCAGAACUGGGAGGAAGUUAUUCGGGGCCUCCACACAUUUUGGAAAUUGAUCAGCACGCAUUUCAUGCCCAGGUUACUCGAACGACAUCUAAUAUACAAUCUUUACAACGAUUUCGAAGGCACAUUCCUGCUGCCGCCUUAUGCUAUGAUGAUGCCACUUUACGACCUUCACGUCAUCAAAGCGGUCAAGUAUGGUGCUUUAGGAUCCUUGAUCGGCUCGGCUGCUUUGGAAAUGUCCCAUUACUAUUGGUGGCAAAACGAAAGCAGAGACUGUAUCAUGAACACCUCUGCUGACGGCAACUUCAGCGAGCACGUGCUUUAUCCAUCAGCUUCAGUAAGCGUAGCCUGGGAGGCGUACCGGAACUCUACGGGUCCUGCUGACGAUGUUCGACUCCGUAGUUUGCCUGACUUAACAUCUGCUGAGCUUUUUUUCGUAACCACAUGUUAUAUUCUGUGUGGCCAGCCUGAAGAAGCUCACCCCGAAUUCCGCUGCAACGAGCCCUUAAAACACCUCAAGGAAUUCUCUGAAACUUUCGGCUGCCGACGGAAGACAGCUAUGAAUCCUGAUGAGAAGUGCGAGCUGUUUACAACCUGAUGAGCCUAUGCCACCUCUCUUACUUGCUAAUCUAUAUCGAUACCAUAGUCUGAAAUAAUCUAAUUGCAGUGUCA